AUGCAACCGCCAAACUCGACGGGCCAAUGGACCGAAAUACAUUGCGAGUGGUUUGCCGAAAUGCAGACUUAUCAGGUAUUUGUUUGAAAGUAUUGCAAACGAAACAACUAGUUUUGCUCUAUCGACUGUAUGAAACACGAACGGUCGUUUUGAGGCUCUAAAAAAGAAACUUUCGCUUUUCCAGAACAGUCUCUACAAAAUCAACUUUGACGGUUCGCCCAUCGUGCCAAUGUACGGGCUCGUGUGCUCUUUCGGCGCGCUCGCCAACUUCAUCGUCCUGCUCGCGUUCGCAAGAACCGCCAAUUUGAGAAAUUUGAGGAACAGGUACGCUUACACUGACAGCCGAAAGAGAGAAAUGAGCGCAAUUUCAGUUUCAUAGUGAAUUUGGCGUUUUCGGAUCUGAUUCUGUGCGUCGUGACCGCUCCCGUCACCCUUUACACAAGUCUCAAUCUGUUUUGGCCGUUCGGAGAUUGGUCGUGCAAAUUUGUGAGUUUUCUGACGCCUGAAAUCAUUCAAAAACUUUCGUCAAGAGUUCCAUUGGUUUCCUUAGUCGAUGUUCGACACAAAAAAGGCGAAAUGUUGCAGCUAGCCGGCGUACAAGCCGUCAACACAUUCGUCUCCUCGCUCACCCUCGCCUUCAUCGCAAUGGACCGUGUUCUGCUCACGUUGUGCCCGGUGCGAUGGCGAUUGGCGGCCACUGCGCCCCUCCUCUGCUACCUCUUCGUCUGGAUCAUCUCGAUCCUCGUCGCUCUUCCCUACGCUCUUGCAGUCAGCUCCAAAUUGGCUCCGUUCGAUCCGUGGAGUGAUAGAGCCACUCCUAAAAUGGUAAGGUUUUCGGUUUCUGAGAGUUUAGAAGCUCGCGUUAAAUUUUCUCAAAAUCGAACAUUAGAUUAGGCUUGCGAGCUCAAAAUCAUACGACGCACCACGGUCUCCCAGGGGGCGCUAAUGCUAAACACAGUGCGCUCGUAAAUUGCGGAGUGUCGUUGUAACUUUUGAAAAUUUGCAGGUCUAAAAAUGCAGUUCAAUUCGAGUUUACGACCUUUAUUUCUUUCUUUUUGACUUGAAAAACGUCUAGUAAACAAUAUUUUACCGAUUGGAAACCGUUAUUUUUUAGCGUCUUUUUCGCAUUUCGUCAAAACUUCAAACCUUUAUAUUUCAGCUCAUUUUGCAUUUUAUGAGCCCAACGCACGAUAAAAAUGUUCGCUGAAUCUUUCUUCACAAAAUUCAGGUUUCGGCGCUUAGUUUUGUUGAGCAGUUUUCGAAAACUAUUCGAAAAACAUCAAAGUCCAGGCCAAAACCUUCAAAUUCUCAACGAUAUGCGAGAUUUCUGUUACCAAAACGUAGCUAGUGCUCUAAUUAUUCAAAUCCAGGUUCCAGGCGCACAAAAAAAUACGUGUAUUGUACAGAAAACAUGGAAAGAACGCGAACUCCCGUUGAAAAUUAAUUAAUCGGCCGCCGCGUAAAUCGACACAGCCCGCCUGUUGCAAGUGCGCCCCAUUGAAAUCAUUCGCGCCGAGGGAGACCGUGAGGUUUUCGGUUUCUGAGAGUUUAGAAGCUCGCGUUCAGUUUUCUCAAAAUCUAACAUUCGAUUCGGUUUGCGAGUUCCAAAUCAUACGGCGUCGCUUCAAAAAUAUUACCUUCAAGACUUUUGAAAGUGAUCUCUCAUUUCAGCUCACCUACUGCGGCCGUCAAACGCCCGAAAUCUGCGCCGAAAUGCAAGAGCACUGGGACGACGCGAUCGUCUCGAAGACGACGUACACGUUCGUCGUGCUCGGCAUCCAAUACAUCCUGCCGCUCGCCGCGCUCGCCUUCGCCUACUUCCAAAUCGGCUCCACAAUCCAGAAACGAUCGAAAGUGUCACGGACGGUGGACAUUACGCGUCGGAUGCACAUGCAGAAUCGGUCCCGACGCGCUCUUCUGCUCCUUUUCCUGCUCGUGCUCACUUAUGCCGUCUGCUGGGCGCCUAUGAACGUGUAUCAUGUGCUCAAUGGAUUGGAGAUUAUCAACUACUCGCAGAAUAUGUGAGUUCGCGCCCCGAUCGAUUUUCUUCGAUUCCAAUGCUUUUUUUGCAGGUACAUUUUUUGCCAUUUGGUGGGAAUCUCGUCGACGUGCGUCAAUCCGAUUGUCUAUGCGUUGGUCAACGAGUCAUUCCGGAAUGCUCUUCAGUCGAUGGUAGGUUUGAGAAUAACAACGUCAACCAAAUUGAAAAGGGCUCGAAAACAGUUGAGAUAACCGAUUAGUGAAGCGGUGUUCUUUGCAAAACUUACCGUUUUUUUUUCAAAUCGUUAUAUCUAAACUCGGGGUAGAGAUAUCAAAAAGUUGUCAACUAACAAAAUAUUCAUUAGGAAAUUGUGUGCAUUUUAUCAGUUGACAACUUUUUCAUAUCUCCACUCCCAGCUGAGAUAUACACGUUCUAGAUCCUCCAAUUCCGUCCGUGCUACGUGACAACUAGCGGGCCGCAGCCACUAAUGUCUACGCCUAUUCGGCCACUUCCAAAGCGGAUAACGUCACUUUGGUAA